GCUGCCACAGCAGUAGUUCUGUCCACAUUUUAGAUACAGCAAUUCUCAAGUGUUGCCAAUCUCUUCAUAUGUAACUAUUUCUUAUACAUUUUGGGCUUUAUGUAUCCUUGCACUUCCCCCUCCCUCUCUCCUCUGGCCACUUCUAGUACUGUGUCCUUGCUGUUGUUUAUUAUUUACUUUGAUAUUGGCUCUGCCACCUGAUUACAUCACUUCCUGGUCCUGAGAGGAAGCAGCUGUUUCAUUUGUAACAGUCAUUUUGCCAGGGCUGGUGAAAUCAGUACCUACACUCAUCUCGAAGCAAGCCUAUCCAAGCAUCGUUGGUAUGUUUGCAUUUUGUUUAAUGCCUGCUUAUUAUAAGCUGUGUAUUUUGCUGUUAUGUGCAUUCUGGUUGUAGUUGUGAUUCACUAUUUUUCCCUUAGCAGCCAACUGUUAGGCCCCACUAGGACUGUAUAAUGUAUAUAAGAUAUUUAUAUAUGCUCCUGUUGUAUAUAUCUGUAUUUUACAUACCCAGAAUGUAUUCUUAUACCAUUGUACUGUUUGUACCUACAGUUCUACCUUCUUUUGAUCAUCAUCAUUAAACAAGUUCAAAACUUAUACAGUGUGGUGAUUGAAGGGCGAGUAAACUGCCUGUUGAUUCACUUCUCACAGUGAUGGGAGCAGGACAGUAGAACAACGUUGGACAUAGGCUGUGCUUGGUCUGGAUAGUAUAAAAACGCUAGACAUAGGCUGUGCUUGGUCUGGAUAGUAUAAAAACGCUAGACAUAGGCUGUGCUUGGUCUGGAUAACAGAACAACGCUGGAUUUAGGCUGUGAUUGGUCCGGGCACCACACCACUACUGAGCAACGUGGUGCAGCCACAGCAUCCACCACAGCAUCCACCACAGCGUAACUGAAGGUACUAACACACUUAGUUACUCAUCUAGCAACACAAAGAUGUCUGAACGUUCAUUCAAGACCAGAUCUAGGGUGUCAUGCUCAUCCAGACACUCCUAUCGAUCCCAUGCUUCUGAGACAGCAGCACUGGUCAGAGCUGAAGCAGAGGCCAUCAGAGCACAAAUAGCCUUUGCUGAACAAGAAGCAGAGAUAAAGAAAGAAAAGGCAUGUUUAGAAGCUUCACUAGAAGUGCUGAGUUUGAAAAAAUCAGCAGCAGCUGCAAAAGCAAAGGUGUUAGAGGCUGCAAUACAGGCUGACUGUGACAUCAGUGAUGAACCGGACAUCCAGUUUGACUUAAAGCCUGAAACAGUUAUACAGCAAACUCAAGACUAUGUACAUGAACAUUCCCAGAUGCGCAGCUCACCCGAUCCAGUCCCAGAGGCAGGAGACAUGCGUCUACACAGUGAUGCAGGCCUGCCACUUCAGAGAAGUCCCCAGCAGCAGACCACUGCUUACCAACACUCUCCUUUCACUGCAGAUACACCCCCUGAUGCCCCUCUGAUUAGGAAUCACAGCAACUAUAAACUGUCACAGUUGCCUGCCAGCAUAGGAAAUCCUGCGACCAGCAACAAGCAACAUGUCACUCCACACUACCAAGUAGAUUCUACAGACUGCCACAGUUAUCCCCUGUCUCCACAAAAGGAAGGGACUUACACCCGCCCACCAGACACCAGAAUGAUACCACCAGCUAGCCGCUACCCAGACUUACCAGCUCACAACCAAGACAUGUCAGAUCUGGUAAUAUUCAUGGCUAGACGAGAUAUCAUCACUAACGGACUUGCGCAGUUUGAUGAUCUCCCAGAGAAUUAUAGGGCCUGGCGAGCUUCAUUCAGAAAUGCUGUAACAGAUCUAAAUCUUUCAUAUAAAGAAGAAAUAGAUCUUCUGGUGAGAUGGCUGGGCUCCAAGUCAGGUAAACAAGUAAAACGCAUACACGCUGUGUACGUGAACGACUCUAGGAAGGGUCUGCAGAUGGCGUGGCAGAGACUUGACGAGUGCUACGGGGCUCCUGAGAUCAUAGAGGAGUCACUGUGGAAAAGAAUUGAUGGCUUUGGGAAAAUCUCUAACAAAGAUCAUCAGAGGCUCAGAGAGUUAGGAGACCUGCUGAUGGAACUCCAAGCAGCAAAGGAGGAAGGUGACUUUCCAGGCUUAGCUGUUCUGGAUACAGCUCGAGGUAUAAACAGCAUUGUGCAAAAGCUACCAUUUUUCCUGCAAGAGCGGUGGAUGACUCAGGGUUCUAAUUAUAAAGAGCUGCAUCAUGUGCAUUUCCCACCAUUCUCUUUCUUUGUGAACUUUGUCACCCAACAAGCAAAGAGGCGCAAUGACCCAGGAUUUAUUCUGGCUCCUCAAAGCUUCGAUGACCAGAAACCAGAAAGAGACCUUCACAAGAAUGCCACUCACAGAACUCCUGUUUUAGUGCGCAAGACUGUCAUCCCUUCAGCUACACCAUCACAGAAGGAGUCCACCAGUCCCAAGACGACAGAUCUUACCCAAGGUUGUCCCAUACAUCACAAGCCCCACUCUCUGCUUAAAUGCCGUGGCUUCAGGACAAAACCCUUGGAGGAAAGAAAGACUUUCCUAAGGCAAAAUAACAUUUGUUAUCAUUGUUGUGCAUCUACUUCACAUGUGGCAAAGGACUGUGGUAAGAUUAUCAGUUGUGAAGAAUGCAAUAGUGAUAGACAUGUAUCUGCCCUGCAUCCUGGUCCUGCCCCAUGGUCUGUGAAAGCUCCAGCUGAGGGAGAGCAUGGCGGGGAGGGACAGGAAAGUAGUACAGCAGCACCAGUAACAGCUAUGUGUACUGAGGUUUGUGGAGGAACCCAUAAGGGUCAGUCAUGCUCAAAAAUCUGCUUAGUCAAUGUCUUUCCUACAGGGCAUAGGGAAAGAGCGAUAAAACUGUACGCAAUCUUAGAUGAUCAAAGUAAUAGAUCGUUAGCCAGAUCAGAGUUUUUUGAGCUCUUUGGGUCAAAGGACCACCAAUUUCCCUAUUCUCUCAGAACCUGUGCAGGUGUGAUUAACACAACUGGGAGGAGGGCACACGGCUUUCACUUAGAAUCUCUAGACGGACAAGUGACUGUGCCACUACCCACACUCAUAGAGUGUAAUGAAAUCCCAGAUGACCGGACAGAGAUCCCAACCCCUGAGGUUGCACUACACCAUAAGCAUCUGAGAUUGUUAGCAAGUCAGAUACCCAAGCUUGAUCCUAAUGCCCCUAUCCUCAUUUUGCUAGGCAGGGAUAUCAUUAGGAUUCACAAAGUAAGAGACCAGAUCAAUGGGCCACAUGACUCUCCUUAUGCCCAAAGACUAGACUUGGGAUGGGUAAUAGUAGGCAAUGUAUGUCUAGGUGGUGUCCACAAGCCAGACCUAGUGCGUAACCACUACACCAAUACUUUAGAUGACGGCCAGAAAUCCUUUUUUGCCCCACUGCAUUUUAAACCACAAAGACAACGCCUGCCAAAUAACAAGACCCAGGUUUUACAUUGUUUUAGGUCUCUACAAAGGUCCUUUAGGCUGAAGCCUGAUAUGAAAGAACAUUUCUUUGUAUUUAUUAAGAAAGUGAUCCAGAAUGGCCAUGCAGAAGUAGCACCACCCCUUAGUACAGAGGAAGAGCGCUGGUAUCUGCCCCUCUUCGGAGUGUAUCACCCAAAAAAACAUCAGCACAUUAGGGUGGUCUUCGAUUCAAGCACUCAGUGCUGCGGUACAUCUCUUAAUGAUGUCUUCCUAAAGGGCCCAGACCUCAACAACAAUCUCCUUGGGGUGUUGCUCCGCUUUCGGAAAUACGCUAUUUCUUUUGUGGCCAUACCAUACAAGUACCAUUGUACUUCUGAAAAAAAAAAUCACCAAUCCAGGCAUAUUGAGUGGCCCAUAGGUCGAAUGACUAAGACUUUCCCUGACGAAGAUGGUAGGGUCUGUAAGGUAGAGGUCAAACUCACAAAAGAAGGAAGUUCAGGUUUGUUUGUUAGACCAGUUACAGAGCUCGUCCUGCUUUUACCUCCUUAAAGUUCUCUUCAAGGUUUAAGUUAAAUUGUGGUAUCUCUUAAAGAUACCAGGCGGGGAGUGUGCUGCCACAGCAGUAGUUCUGUCCACAUUUUAGAUACAGCAAUUCUCAAGUGUUGCCAAUCUCUUCAUAUGUAACUAUUUCUUAUACAUUUUGGGCUUUAUGUAUCCUUGCACUUCCCCCUCCCUCUCUCCUCUGACCACUUCUAGUACUGUGUCCUUGCUGUUGUUUAUUAUUUACUUUGAUAUUGGCUCUGCCACCUGAUUACAUCACUUCCUGGUCCUGAGAGGAAGCAGCUGUUUCAUUUGUAACAGUCAUUUUGCCAGGGCUGGUGAAAUCAGUACCUACACUCAUCUCUAAGCAAGCCUAUCCAAGCAUCGUUGUUCUACCUUCUUUUGAUCAUCAUCAUUAAACAAGUUCAAAACUUAUACAGUGUGGUGAUUGAAGGGCGAGUAAACUGCCUGUUGAUUCACUUCUCACAGUGAUGGGAG